AUGGCAUCAUCUGAAGGGUUGUUGUCCGAAUCCAACCGCCUGGAAGACAUAAUCAUUAUAUGGUUAGAUGAAACAAUAGCAAAUCCUGACACAAUAUUAUUAUCUCAACGUAAAAAUCUCCUGUUAUCUUAUGUAAAAGCCAUUCAACCAUUUACUAACGUUUCGGCAUGCAUGAAAUACAUUGAAAAUAUUACUGAUGUACAUGUACUAUUUAUUGUUUCGGGUUCGCUUGGUGAGAAAAUAGUUCCUAUUCUUCAUGAUUUACCAAAAUUAACUUUCAUUUAUAUUUUCUGUGCUGAUAAAAAUAAACAUGAGAUUUGGACUAAACAAUUCAAUAAAAUACGUGGUGUUUUUAAUGACGAUCUUCUUCUAUCAAUUAAAGUCAAAGAUGAUGUUUGUUCUCUUGUGAACAUAAAUUUUCCAUUUGGAUUAUUUGAUUCUACACAGCGAUCAUUACAAGAGCUCAGUAAAGAACAAGCUUCGUUUAUGUGGUUCCAAUUGGUAACAGAACUACUUCUUCGAUUACCACAUACACCAGAUUCUAAAGCUGAAAUGGUGACAGAAUGUCGUUCGCAUUACAAAGAAAAUGGAGUACAGCUAGAGAAAAUAACGAUAUUUGAGAAUACGUAUCAAGCAUGUAACGCUAUUAAAUGGUAUACGGAAAAUACAUUUGUUUUUCAGCUUUUUAACAAAGCGUUUCGCAUGCAAGACUUUGAUGUCAUUUUCAAAUAUCGUUAUUUUCUUGUAGAUCUAUUCAGUCAGCUGGCUUUCUUAUAUAAUAAACAAUUUAAAGAUCGAAAAGAUUAUUUAACUGUUUAUCGUGGCCAAAGAAUGUAUAGAGAAGAGCUGAUGAAAUUAAAACAUAAUGUUGGCCAUCUUAUUUCAAUCAAUACAUUUUUCUCUGCUUCCUUCUCCUGUUCAGUUGCGGCGAAUUUCUCCGGGAAUGGUGAAGAUUUGUCGAUUGGAAUCGAAUCAGUAAUCUUUGAUAUUGAAGUUGAUCUUACUGUUUCUUGUCGACCAUUUGCUAAUAUCGAUCAGUUGAGCUGUAUAAAGGAUGAAUGCGAAGUUCUGUUUUCCGUUGGUACUAUCUUUCGCAUUGACAGUGUUGAACUCGAAACCGACGCUAUAUGGCUAGUGAAACUCACGUGGACAAAUGAGUGUAGUCAACAACUGACAAAAAUGAAUCAAUUAACAGGUCUACUUGAUUUUUAUACUGGUCAUUAUAUAGGUGAUCAUCCUUCAGUACUUACAUUCGGAUUGUUUCUUUCCAAAAUGGGCUGCUUACAGCAAGCUAAACGUUUCUACAUUAAUUUGCGCAAAAUAUUAUCGACCGAUCAUCCGGAUCGAGGUGUGUUGCAUAAUAAUCUUGGUGAAAUUAUGCGUAAGCUUGGCUAUUUUAAUCAAGCUCGACACCAUUUUGAGCGAGCAAUUGAGUAUUGCAUUGAUACAAUGUCGAUUUUUCAUCCUGUUUGGGCUGUCAUACACAGUAAUAUUGCUCUAUUACAUUUAACACUCAAACGUCCGAAGCACGCUCUCAAGUGUUAUCAUUGUGCUCUUCUGAUCAUCAGUAGAUUUCGUGAUCCGAACGCUAAUCAAAAUACUUAUAUACAAGAAUCGAAGGCCACAGUCUAUCAUGGAAUGGGCUCGGCAUAUAUUCUUCUUGACCAGCCUCAAAAGGCAGUUGGCUUUUAUCAAAAAGCACUUGAGAUUGAACUAAAAACUUUACCACAGGAUCAUCCAACAUUAAUCGAUACAUAUAAUGAACUGGGCUCAGUCAAUUUAAGACUAAACGAGUGGACAAAAGCACUUGAAAAAUAUGAAGAAUCUCUACGAAUUGCACAACACAAUCUAUUGGACAGCGAUUGGAAAUUAGUCAAUCUUCAUAUUAACGUCGCGGUACUAAUCUAUUUUGUUACGGGAAAUAAAUCGAAAACAUUGGUUCAUUGUUCUCAGGCUUUGCAAAUUAUGGAACAGUCAAAGUUGCCAUCAAUCAGUUGUAAUCGAAUGGACAUUUACAAGUCACUUGCAAAUUUAUAUACACAUAUUGGCUUAGGACCCCUUGCUUUUCAAAUGUGGGAGCGAUUCAUUGAGGAAGGUAAGGGUCGUUUAGUUGCGAACUCCGACUUUGUAAACUCGUCUGAUCUGAUAAAACAAAUGGAACUGUUGCAAUUAUCAAAGGAAACUUUCGCCCUAGAUUCAAACAUUAUGAUACUUUUUGAUCGUAAUUCGUUGUUUAGACCAAGAGUCUCUCAGCUUGAGGCAAUCACUCGGUGCGAAAUAGCUGAUAGAUGGCGAGCUUUGGGACAUAUUAAGCCGGCAAUCUGUUAUUAUACAUGGCUACUUGAAAAUAUACUAGUCUCAGAUGAUCCUCACUUUGCAAAGUUACACGAAUGUCGGUUGCACAAUAAUUUAGCGGCAUGCUAUCAAGAUCUGGAAGACGAUAACGCAGCGUUGCACCACUAUAGCUUAUCAUUAGAAAUCUUAUCUUCAGAUGAAGAAAAUAAAUCAAUACAGGCGGCGAUUAUUCAUUAUAAUAUUGCUCUCAUCUAUAUGAAUGGCAACGAGUUCGAUCAGACUCGAAUGCAUCUAGAUAAGAGUUUACUACAUUUCUUGGGAGUACCAGGACAUAGGAACAGCACACUCGAUGUCAAAAUUAAUUAUUAUUUUGCAAAGACAUACGAACGAUGCAAUGACUGGAAAAUGGCACGUGAUUACUAUCAACAGACGAUAGAUAAGUGCAAACAAUACGCACUUGAUGAAUCGAUUAUUGAUCAGUAUGAAAAACUAUUGCAGUGUAUGAUUGAUAAAAUCAGUGAAAAUACACAAUAA